AGGAGAAAACACAAGCCAGCGGCUCGUGAAGGCGCGCAGACACCGAACUGCCCCGGUUGAGUCUAUAUGGUUCUCAUGUGCUGAGUAAAAGCGCCGCGCCCUCUGACGAUCUCCACGGAAUUGCUGAACUCGUGUUGACUGUUUGAUAAUCCAGAUCCGCUCAGAGAAAUGGCUGAAACCGCUCCAGUUGCUGCCGCCACCCCGGCCAAAGCACCCAAGAAGAAAUCCGCUGCUAAAGCAAAGAAAACGGGACCAAGCGUGGGUGACCUCAUCGUCAAAGCUGUUUCGGCUUCCAAGGAGAGGAACGGUGUCUCUCUCGCUGCACUGAAGAAAGCGCUCGCUGCCGGUGGCUACGACGUGGAGAAGAAAAACGCCCGCGUCAAGAUCGCCAUCAAGAACCUGGUCACUAAAGGCACUCUUGUCCAGAUUAAAGGGACCGGCGCUUCCGGGUCUUUUAAACUGAACAAGCAGCAAGCAGAGACCAAGAAGAAGUCUGCGAAGAAAGCCGCUCCUAAAGCAAAGAAGCCCGCAGCCAAGAAACCCGCCGCUGCCAAGAAGCCCAAGACUGCAGCGACAAAGAAGACCGCCGCUAAGAAAUCACCCAAGAAAGUGAAGAAACCAGUUGCCAGCGCCGCUAAAAAGACAACAAAGAGCCCCAAGAAAGCAAAGAAGCCAGCGGCUCCUAAGAAAGCAGCGAAGAGCCCCAAAAAAGCAAAGGCUGCUAAACCCAAGACGACAAAGCCCAAAGCAGCUAAGCCUAAAAAGGCAGCACCCAAAAAGAAAUAAAGCAACUCUUUGUUUUAU